AUGACCACCACUCAGGCAAGACCCAGAAGAAAGGGCGCUGGGAACAAAAACUACUCGGAUGCGUACCAGGAGCCGCUUCUAGACGACAUGGAGCCUAGUGGGGCGCCCGUGAAGGCUCCUUCUUCUACUAGAGGCAAGAAGAGUGCUGCAAAGCCAUCUACUCCAGUGCCAACUUCUACAGGGAAGCUUCCGUAUAACUGGCAGCCACCAGCUUCACCGGGAGACUAUUUUUCACAUAAACUUAAUUUGGACGGUGCCUACGUGAACACACGCCUCCAAUGCCUUUUCUGUCCUGAGCAGCCGACGGUGGGACCUAAGGAGACUGAGAAUGAUCUAGGUAAAGUGCAACAGCUUCUAUCGCUGCACCCGCUGCUACCAGGCACUGGAAGGGGCCAGGCUCGUCGUCGUUCGACGAAAGACCCGUAUUUUUGCUUACGAAAGGGCGACUACAUUUAUAUGGUCAGUGAACCGCCAGGAGAGCCUUACUAUAUUGGCAGAGUGAUGGGGUUCACGAGGAAGCAGAAAAAGGAGGAUGACGAGGAAGAACCUGAACUUAUGGAUGCCUCGUUUUUUGUUUUCCAGAUCCAGUGGUUCUACCGUCCUAGAGAUAUUUCCAAGCACACUUCUGACUCUCGUCUUCUCUACGCCUCGAUGCAUAGUGAUACCUGUCCGUUGCAGAGUUUCAGGGGCCUUGUCACUGUGAAACAUAAGCUGGAGAUUGACGCCACGCCGAAAAUCACCAAAGAAGGAACGCCCAUGUCGUCGCUAGAAGCGUACUGUUCCAUCCCUAACUGCUUCUACUUUGACAAGUUGUUUGAUCGUUACAUGAUCAAGUUCUACGACAUUAUCAAGACCUCUUCGCUCCUCCAGUACGUGAGCAACACCGCCAACAAUAGUCAGAACUAUAUUUUGGCCAUCAACAAACGAUUCGAGUUCAUCUUCAUGGAACCAUCGCGCAGUAAACAGUUCAUCAACAACUUCGAGUCCAAUCUGAGUUCCCACUGUGACGUGUGUUCCGAAUGGUGUGCUCCCAACGAAUCAAAGCACGAACUAGAGUAUCAAAGCAAGAAAAUGGUGAUGCUUUCUCACGAUAAUAGAUCUUCCAACGAGAGAGAAAUCUCAGAGGUGAGCGAUACCAUGCUUUCUUCUCCUGAAGAGCCUGAAGAAGCGCCAAAGAAAUCGCCAGAAAUCUCGCUCCCAAAGUAUGAGAUUAUGGCCAAGGAUUUCUUGAUUGCCGAUGCAGACUUGUCUGUGGAAGAUAGGAGACUCAAGGAGGAAUGGAGUAUGCGUUACUUGGGUAUCCAUACUCGUCUUGAGGACGCUGUUGAUCUAGAUGACCGUUCGCCAUACCCUAGAGCAUCUACAAGCUUGGGACCCAAGUACCAGGCCUCCAACGUUCCAGAGUACAUUGAUCACCCUAUCGUAUACUACGACGAUGGCAAGGCUGGCGAAAACGGUAAAAAGAAAGCACCAGGUAAAAGAGGUGCCAAAAAGAAGACAGUAGAAGAGGAAACAAAGAGACUACCCCUUCCGAAAGAGUUUCAAGAUGUUCCACCCAAAGAAUUUCCUCAAUGGCUUCAGCCAAGGCCAAAAGGCUACAUUGAGCGAGGCGUUGACGAUGGUGAAGGCGAAACGUGUACGCUCUUGUGGAAGAACAGAGAAGAAGAUGUCGCCGAUAACUUUUCCAAGUUUGAUGACUACGUGCGAGCCUGUAAUCCGAUUGCUCAAAGACUCAAUAUGUAUCCUACAUCUCCCAACUUCGUUGAUGCCAUUUUAAAGAUUUGGCUCGAUUGCAAAGGUGACGCAGUUGCAGCUAUGGAGAGAGUAUCCCAGCUUACCAGAGAUACCUUGAAGGAGCCUACUUUCAGCGCAGAAGAGAUCAGACGCUUUGAGAAUGGUGUCAAGAAGAAUGGUAGCGAGUUGUAUCCAACUUAUAAGCUCGUUAAGUCACAGCCAUGUUCCAUGGUGGUGAGGUUCUACUAUUUGUGGAAGAAACUGCCCAGAGGAAAACAAAUUUGGGGUAACUAUCCUGGAAGGAAGAAGAAGUCCAGUUCCACGAAAGAAGAGAAACCUCCCAAGGAAGUCGAUACGAUGAUUGACAGCGAUGAUGAUUCGUCUUAUGAAAACGAGAAGAUAGUGGUCAAGAGACGCAAAUUCCGCUGUAAGCAUUGCAAAACCUACAAGUCAACGCAAUGGUUUAGAAUCACGGGGUUUGAUGAAAAUACCAAGUAUGACGAAAACGCUGAAAUGGACGAUAUCGACCCUGAUGCUGUGCAUGCUUUAUGUUUCCGUUGCGCUAGACUUUGGAGAAGAUAUGCUGUUUACUGGGAGGAUCCUCAAGAAGUCGAGAAAAGGAAUACAAGAGGUGUUGGCGGCUACAAGAAGAAGGUUGAAGCUGAAUUGGUCACCGACUCCGAGAGAAUCUUGAUGAAAGCGCAGACCGAGGGAGGUGGUCUUUCAUAUGAUCCAGCUGUCUUAAAUCCAGGAGAGAGUUCUGUUCUGAUACUGUCUGUUUCUUCGACUUCAAUACCUGAUACUACUGCCAAUGGAUACGCCAGACGUGUUGCUGCCGUCGCUAAUGUUUCUAUUCCAGCACCCACUCGCCUUCCGGAACCUGUUUACCAGAGAGCUAAGCCAGGACCUAAACCAAAAUCGGUUAAGCCAGUUGCUGCUCCUGUCAAGCCGCUGAAUGUACCAGCAAGAACUAAUACCACAGCAAAGCGUGCCAAUGGAAAAGCAGAUGCAGAAGUCAAGCUGGAAGAGCCCGCGGAGAAGAAGAGAAAGCCUCUUAUUGCUACUAAUGGCGUUACCAAGACCGAGGCGAAGCCAAAGGCAAGACGGAAGUCACCCAUCAAGGAAGAGAACAAGGAGGACACUGAUGAGGCCAUGGUACAGAAGGAUAAGUCUGAUGCUGCAACCAAGAAGGCUACUACUGCAAUGAACAAGAAAAGACCACAAGCAGAGCCUAUUAAAGAAGCAUCAGCCCAGCCACCUAAACAGAAGAGACAGAAACGCAUUUCAGGCCCAGAGUCUACUAGUGUUGCCAGUCCAAUCCUCAAUGGUGAUUAUAGACUUCCAUCGACUGCGGUAACCAAGAUCGACAAGAAGACGUCUUCGAGGUUUGAUGAGAAUCUGCUCAGGGAACUCAUCACUUCAUUCAAAAGCAGACAGUUGGUUGAUCUCAAGCUGCUCACGCUGGCUUUCCAGAUUCCUUCUCAGGCCAAGAUUGACCUACCCUUUUCUGUCAACGAUAGAAACUGCUGCGUUUGUAUGGAGUAUGAUGAUAAGGAUGACUCUUUGCUAGAAAUGUUGAUCUGUUCGAAUUGUGGCGUCAAUGUCCAUUCAUCUUGUGCUGGUAUUGGUAUCUCAGGCAAGCAAAAGCCCGUCAAGCAAUGGCUCUGUGAUGCCUGUGUCAACGACCUUAGCCCUCAUUAUACCACCACAUACUCCUGCUGCCUUUGUCUUGCCAAUGAGCUGAACUAUGAAAUGUCUAUCUUAGGAUCACCGUUGGUGAAGCCAGACUUUUUGAUGCCUGUGCUUGAUUCAGGGAAAUGGGCACAUUUGCUUUGUGCUUUGUUCUCGCACAAACACAUCUCCUUCAGGAACAUUGCACCCCCUUCAUUUAUUUCCAAAGACGUUUUGAACUCUACUGCUACCAAGCAGGUUGGAUGUGCAAUUGAAAGUGUAUCUAAUGUUUUCCUCGAAAACUAUACCAACAGAUGCAGCAUCUGCAAGUCUCUCAGUGGUGCCAUGAUACACUGUGACGGUUGCAAGGACCUGGAAGAGAAGUUCCACAUAACGUGUGCUCAAGAUACCCCCAACUUCAAGCUUGGUUUCAAGCUCGUCCCACAGCGUAUGUCGAAAGCCAACACUAACACGUACAUUGGCGAGGAAGCAGGCAAGUUGGAGCCUAUUUUACUCUGUCCUAGACACGAACAAAGAGGAGCCAUCCACAACAUGAGAACGUUGGGUAAGAGAACUCUCAAUGGAGAACUCAAGCCGUUGAUUCAAUUAUUCAUCGAGGAUAUUGCUCGUCUCACUAACUUCAAAUGCACAGGGCCACAGCUUAAGGCUCAGAAUUACAUGAAGAUGGUGGAGAAGUUCACUGAGACAGAGGAGGAAAUGGCUGCAAGAUACCGAGCACCUACAGAGUACAGAAAGGAUAAAGAGAAGGAGAAGGAGAAGAAAGAGCUUUCCUGUGAUGUCUGCAAGAUCACUGCUUCGCCCAAAUGGUGGCCAUCGCCUCAAAACCCUGAAUCUGUCAGAUGUCGUAAUUGUCACCUUCUGGAGGACAUUGACAGAAUUGCCAGUGCUGAGCUGGAAGGGGACUCUCUUGCAAAGGAACUCAACGAGCCAAUCAGAGCAGAGCAUUUCGGCCUCCAGGAUCCUCUGGACCAUAUUCUGCAAGUCUACAAGCAGCCCGAGGCACCAAACGUGGAAAGGUCGAUGAUCACAUUGAGUGAAAUAUUGUGGUGA